UUUAUUUUUUAAUUUUACAUCAAGUGGUCGCUCAGUAAAAACACGAAUUGCCACUCCACAGUUGGUUUACUUUUUCUGUGCUAUUCUGUUUUAAAUGCUCUUUUUGUCAAUUGAAGAUUAAUAAUAUUAAACAUGUUAAAAUAGUUAGCUGUGAUGCGCCUAACAGGCUAAGUGGAAAAACGGACCUGUGAAGCUUUGGUACCUAACGGUCGCUGUGCUGUAGCAGGAAUACCAACAAAAGUUUUAUCACGAAGAGGAAAUUAAGUAAUCAAACAGCUCUCCCCAGCGGUUAUAGUGGAGCGGGACGCCGGUGUAAGGGCUGUGGGGAGCGGAGCGGUGUCUGUGAACCUGCCCGGGCUGGUGGAGGAUAGCAUGGCUGGGGGAAAAGGAGCAGGGAAGCCCGUCUCGAUGUGGGACAAUAUGAGGAUACGCUUCAUUGUUUGCUUCUUUGGAGUCUUCGUGUGUUAUUUUUAUUACGGUAUACUACAAGAGACGAUCACAAGAGGGAAUUAUGGUGGAGAGAAGUUUACUUUUGCACGGACGUUGGUCUUUAUCCAGUGCAUCAUCAAUGGCAUUUUUGCUAAGAUCUUGAUCCAGUUUUUUGAAAGCUCCAAAGUGGAUCAUACUAAGAGCUGGCUCUAUGGCCUCUGUUCCCUCUCCUAUCUUGGAGCGAUGGUUUCCAGUAACUCUGCUCUUCAGUAUGUUAACUAUCCCACACAGGUGUUGGGGAAGUCCUGCAAGCCCAUCCCAGGUAUUUUCAGUCUAUUAUUUUAUAACACACAGCUGCUCAUGUGAGUUUAGUAGCUUAUUUCAAAGCUUAGCACUCAGCUGCAUGAAAGGUCCAUUAAUAGAAGGCGCCUUCUGUAUGCAGUAACA